AUGGACAAGCGCAUUAUAUCAAGAAAGGAGCGUGAGCAGGUGGAGCUACGCAAGUUACCCGAAGACCUGCGUCGUAAAAAGGAAUGUCGCAAAGUAAUUCGGCAGAUUCUCAAGCAGCGCAAGGCUCUUAGUUUUCCUAGUGGCGAAAAUCCAGGUCGAGACGACGACGACGACUGCGCUGAGCGCGGCAUCCAGCAAAUUGAAGCACGGCUUAAUCAACAGCUGCAGCAAGGCCACAGGCCCUUGGUUCCGUUGAAACUCGCGACUUACAUUCUUACAGCGAAGAGUUUCAUCAAGGAUACUACAGAUGGGGAUGGAAACUGCAUUCACGAUGGUUUGGUCCAUGACGAUGCGCCCGGUCGAUUGUACAUCGAGAAAAUUUCGAGACAAGGAGACGACGUUGAAGUCAAGGCGAACUUGUGGUUCAAGUUAGAUCUCGAAAUACCCGCACUUGAAGAGAUCUCAGUAAAAUUCUGUGACGAAUCGCAGGUCCGUUACAGAGGUGCAUCGCAGAAACAGAAGGAGAUGAACCAAGAGUCAAUGCGAAUCACUCUCGUCUUCCUCCGCGACGGCUACUUGAGUAUGAGAGCUCAGGCGGUACCAUUCUACACGAUAAGGGAAGAUAUUGAGUUCUAUGGCAUCAAAACGAGUAAAAUAAAGGAAAGAGACAGCGGACUAAUUGAGCGUCUCGAGGACAGCGACCCUGAGACAACUGAGCCCAGCGACGAAGACACCACAGACAGCGAAAGCGACAGCGACAGCGAUAUUUGGUACAGCGAUUACGACAAGGCACGAGCAAAACACGCGAAGCAAGAAGCGCGUGGCAAAGCCAUCGAAGCAUGGCUUGAGGAACGCAUUGCUUCAGGAGAGGAAGAAACCGUCGAAAGCAUGGAAGCACGCAGAACAAGUCUGGAAGAUUAUAAUCAAGUUCUCAAGUGGAAUCUCUGGUCUACUUCAUAUCUCGACAUGCUCGUCGCUAAAAAAGGCUGGCGAACUGAUAAUGAAUUGUUCCACGGCGGCGGUUGCGGCGACUUCAGCAUCACAACAUACGGCCGGGUGGACGGUAGGCCUGCUAAGGGCACCCUGACUCUUCCGCCGCAGUACGAUCACUUCCCAGGCGAUCUUAAGUGGACGAUGGAGAGAAGCAUUGUAAACUCUAAGCGACUUAACGCCAUCAUGUCCACCGAAGACUCGCCGCAUAAACUGAAGUUUCGCAUAUGCUUUGUUGAGAAUGGGCAUAUGAAGAUACGCAUUCCAGCUCACGAGAUCAGAGGAAGCAGAGAAAACGGUCUCAUCGACUUCUACGCUAUCGCUGAGGACUCGCCAGGUUUUCGUCCUCAUCAAAGGCGGCGUGGUGUGGUUAGAGAGUGGUGGGGAAAGACGCCUGAUGGACUGGUGUACAACCCGCCUACCGGCGCUAUAGAAGACAGUCGUAGCGAAUGUUCGGACCACCCGGAUAACUCUACGCCACAUUCCCAGAUAGACAUGCGUUCUGACGUCAACAUGGCAUUCCCAAAUGGGAAAGUGUUUCAGACCCCAGGUCUCAUGAGCCUCGCAACUGAUCUCGCGAAUAAGAGUUUAGCGUCAGUCAUAGAGUUAAUCGAUGGGUACUGGUUUGAUACGGGGGAAAACCGAGAUCACAAUCUCCACCACCUGAACUGCUACAAAGAUGCCCUAACGUACUAUUCCAACGUGGUACAGUCCUUCGAUGGGCAAUUCCAGAAUCUGAAUUUCCAACUAUUCAUCGCCGGAAUGUUCAAAGCACUACUAGAGGAGGGUUUCAACCACGCUUUCCUUGUUAAGCUUCGGGGACAUGAGCACGCGCGUGUCCUUGACACAAUUGCUCGUGUAAAAGAUGGUCAAUCAGAUACGGAGGAAGACGAGCCUGAUUGGGAACCCCAUCCCGAGCCAGACGAUUCCUUGGACGAUGACGAAGAGCGGGGUUUCUGGGACGAGCUCCCAAGAGACGGUGAAAGCGACUCGGACAUGCUGGGCUGGAGUUCUUCGGCGAACUCCAACGCGCCCGAACGGCCGAAUGCUCUGAGAAUAAAGAGAGCAAUCGGGUUCAGAAAACACGAAGACUACAUCGCCAAGGGAAGAGAACUGACUCAUUGGCUCGACGAAGAACAAGCACGAGGCAAAGAGCAUCCCGUGGGAAAUAUCCACGGUAACUGGCUUAUCUACUCCAGUGUGAAUAUUGAAGCUCAGCAACAUGCUGGCAAUCAGACCGGAAAAGCAAACCUCCACCGCGGGCACUUUACGAUAGACGAUGGCCGUCCCCAUCGUCGUAGACCCCAUUUGAGGGGGAGUGAUCUCUGCAUCCCGUCCCCAUCGAAGCUACAAAGCUUGGGUUUCAGCAUAACCAUGCCAGCCUUCCCGAACGUGGCAUCUUCGAAGAUGUACAUAAUUACCGCUACCAAAAUGUGCAGAAGUACAGCUACCAGUCUGAUGCCAGGGGGUGCCAUACAGUACAAGUUUGGAAUCCGCUUCCUAGGUAACGGCUAUCUGUCUCUGCAUAUACCGGCAUAUGUGAUCGGCUGCAAGGGUGAUAAGCUCAUCGUGUUCACCGGUGUCUCGCUUCAGAAGGAGAAGCACACUCGCGAUAUGGAAUGGACGAAAGUGGACAGUCGAUGGGUUUACCAAGGGCCAUACGAGGAGAAGAAUACGCCAUAUGAAGAGGGCGACUCUGACUCUGGUGAGGGUUUCUGUUAUUACGAGGAUAAGGAAAUGCAGUGUAGCGAUGAGAAUUGUCCGAAGCAUAGUCGCGUGGAUGAGAGGGAGUGCUCUAUGGCUCCAAUCAAGAAGAGUUCACACGUCAAGCCAGCUACGCGCAAGCUCACACGGGACGGCAAGAUUAAGGAUUACUUCCGAGUCGUUCCGAAAGAGCCUCCUGUCUCUGUAAGGCCUCCUAUUUCUGCAAAGCUUUCUGUUCUCGCAAAGCCUUUUGUUCCUGCGAAGCCUGCUGUUCCUGCAAAGCCUCCUUCUGUCCCUACAAAGCCCACGAAUGUCAGAAUCGAUGAAGACCAGGACCGAUCAGAUGUUGGUGCAGUGACGAAGGGGGUGUCGAAACCCAAACGUGAAGAGCUGCAUUAUGUUGGGUUCGGGCAGACCGAUCUCGAGCGCAUAGGAAGAGCUAUGCUCGUCGAGUAUCAGAACGAGACUCAGCUCGCUUGGUGGGCCACAGACUUGACCUAUUUCGACCGCUUAUCAGAAACUCUUCUCCUCCAGUAUGAGAAGGAGAUGGUCAAGCUUCUCGAGAAUAGGAGAGCGACGAAAUAUGCCCGGUCUUGGUCCAACCCGGGAUCGACACGUAAAAAGAAACAAGAUGCCGAUGUGGAAACGCGAAUCGAGUUUGAGCGCGAACAAAAGGCUAUCAUCGCCAAGUAUGAGACGAAGAUGAUCCAGCUCAUCGAAAACAAGGAGGCGGUGGAAGAUCUUCUGGGAAGAGAAAUCCACUAUCAAAACGACAUUUUACGAGCUUAUAUCAACCUGAAAGAGAAGCUGCGUACUCGGAACGAUAACAACGGCAAUGUUGCUCUGCAGGGUCCACGACCGCCGGCCUAUAUUCGUGGAGAAUAUACACUUUAUUCCCCCGACAUGUUGCGAGAAGGGAUUGAGCAGAGGCCACACUGGUUCAAAGGGGAUGUCUUGCGCUACUGGCGUGCUGGUACCUUACGACUGGGACAACGUUGGGGAGACGGUAUAGGUCCUGGCGCUGAAGUCGAACUGGCCAAAAACGCCCACCGUAUAACUUUUACAUAUACUGCUCCGGAACAUCCGUCGACGCAGCCGCAGUCUUGUGAAGCUUAUUGGCACUCUAAUAAUGUCACAGCAGAGGCUGAAAUUUGGUUCUUGGGUGGCGCAUAUCUGUUGUUAGACAUCGCGGAUAUCUCUGGUGAAACAAUCCAUCUUCAUGGAAUUCUGGAGAGGGACGAGGAGGAGAUGUCCGAAUGGUGGCCGGGAAUGCCGGAAUGGAAGCCGCGAUCUUAUUACAAAACACCGUACAACCCUGUCUUACCCCAAGGCCGGACUCGAUAUCUCGCACCUACUGCGGCCACCGGAUAG